AUGGCAAGGGUAAAACAAGUGGCUACCAAACCUCAAAAAUUCAUGGGUGAUGCUAUGAAAGCUGCUGGUAGUCCCAAAAAGGAAAGAGAAAAAGGAACUGAAGUUGAGAACAGUAAUGAAGAAACAGAGACAGUGGCAAAACGAGCAAGAAAAAGAAAGGGAAAGGGUAUUGUUGGGUUAGAGCCUUCUAAGAAAAAGAAGAAAAUGGAGAAGGCCCCUGCUUCGAAACCUUUUGUGCAACAAAAUAUUUUCGAGCCAAGUAUGAAAGAAGUUGUUAAAGGAGAAAGUUUUAGUGUGAGAGUUAAGAAGAAAAGUCAUAUUAUUGAUGUUGAUUUCUUAGCCUCUGUUUUAAACCUACCAAAUGAUGGAAAUAGGAUUGGAACCUUCAAAGAUUCUAGGAAGCUUGAAGGAUAUGAUGAGAAGGCAUUUCAAUUAUCAAUUUUUUCGGAGGCUAUGGGAGUUGAUUUGAGCAAAGAAAAGAAGUUUAGCAAUCCUAUCCCCAUUAAGGAGAUAUUCAAGGCUGAUGAUGGUAGGAAAAGGAGUAAGAAAGAAGAGAAAAAGCAAGAAGAAGAGACUGAGAUUGAGAUUGAAUCUGAAUCAGAAUCAAAUUCUGAAACAGAAUCGGACAUCCCAAUAAGCAAGUUGAAAGAGAGAAGUUCUAAGAUAGAUGAAGGGGAAAGCUCUAAGAAGAAAGAGAAAAUGAAGUUGAAAAUGUCAGAUUUUGUGAAAAUGGAUAUGUUGAUUAAUAGAUUGGAUAGACAAGAAUGGUUCAUGAAGAAGAUGGCUCAAAUGCUAUUUGGUGAAUCUUUUGGAAAGUUUGGAGAUUUUAGAAGCUACCCACAGGUGGAAGAAGAAGAAGAGGAGCAUGUAGAAGCUGCUGAAAAGGUACAAGAAGAAAGUAAGCUAGCUGAGGUUGAAGAAGUAGAGAAAAAUGAUGAGAAGGAAGAAUCUGCAAAAGAGGCAUUAGAAGCAGAACAUGAACCUGACAAAGAAAAAUCAAGAAAAUCCUCCUCAUCUCAUACUAAAAGCAACAACAGCAAUGAAAAUGGAAAAAGUGAAGGCAGAAAUGGUUCAAGACAAGAAGAGGAGAAGGAAGAUGCUGACAAAAAGAAAGAAGAGUAG